GCACUUACGCACCUCCGUAACAAAGUGCGCCUGUGCUACGACGGAUGGCUGCGCAUUUCCCGGCUCGUCCUUAAUGAGGCAGACACGAUAAGUGAAGCGACCGGUUCGUGUUUUGGAUAAAGGAUCCGUAGUGCCGUCUGGAUUCGGUGCGUAAAAUGGGAAAGUCUGGACUGCCGCCGUCGCUGUGCAGGGUAAUGACCGGCUGAGGGGGUCUGGUUCAUCUACUUGGCUGUAAACGAUGUCUGGAGGUGCCGAGUCCGUGUGCAGACCCUCUCAUCUUCUGGAAAGUUGAUCUCGGUUGUUUUGAUCGGAUACGACAUGCAUCUGUUUCGGAGUUACCAUUAUCAAGUGUUCCCGGACCGCUACUCUGGGGAAACGCCGACCAUUAGAGGCAUCAGCUGGACUCCACUGCCAGAGGCUCUGAAUUCAAAGGACACCAUGAAGCAGUUUCUUUCAGAUCGUGUGGUAAAAGCAGCGAGAUCAGUGUACAGUGUUGUGAUCGAGAGGAACCCGGGUCUGAUCCGAGAUAGAAAACAUCACCUCAAAACAUACAGACAGUGUUGCUCAGGGAAGGAGCUCGUCGACUGGCUGAUGAAACAAAAUGAAUGUCUCCAGUCGAGAAGCCAAGCAGUUGGUAUGUGGCAGGUGUUGGUGGACGAAGGAAUCCUUGUACAUGUCAAACAGGAGUUGAACUUCCAUGACAAGGAUACCCAGUUCUACCGCUUCCAGGACUCGGAGUUUGGUCUAAACCACAUUACCAACGACAAGGACUCAGAGGAUGAGCUGCAGGAGGCUCUGUCGCUUCUGUCGCAGCUCGGUCCUGAUGCUCUGCUCACUAUGAUCCUGAGGAAAAGCCCCAGUCAAAGAAGUGCAGAAGACCUGGAGGUCAUCUAUGAAGAGCUGCUCCAUGUCAAAGCUGCUGCUCAUCUCUCCACCUCUGUGCGUAAGGAGUUGGCAGCAGUACUGGUCUUUGAAUCACAUGCCAAAGCCGGAACAGUCUUGUUCAGUCAGGGGGACAAAGGCACUUCAUGGUACAUCAUCUGGAAAGGCUCUGUAAAUGUAAUCACACACGGGAAGGGCCUGGUAACUACAUUACAUGAAGGUGAAGAUUUUGGGCAGCUAGCUUUGCUGAAUGAUGCACCCCGAGCCGCCACCAUUAUAUUGAGAGAAGACAACUGUCAUUUCCUCCGCGUUGAUAAACAGGACUUCAUACGCAUCCUCAAGGAUGUGGAGGCUAAUACAGUGCGACUGGAAGAACAUGGGAAAACUGUGUUGGUGCUGGAAAAGAGCGCUGAAUCCACAGAGUUAGGAUGUGCAGGAAACAACAGCAAGUACACUGUAAUGUCAGGAGCCCCUGAGAAAAUCCUUGAACACCUUCUGGAAACAGUAAAGCUGGACUCAAAUGGAAAUGAUGCUAUAGAUCCCUGUGUAACUGACUUUCUGCUUACACACAAACUCUUCAUGCCCUCCAGUCAGCUGUGUCCUGCUCUGCAACACCACUACUAUGCGGAGCUGUCUGAGGGUUCAGAGCAGGAGAAGGCAGCCUACAUUCUCAACAUAAAGCAGAAGGUAGUGAAGCUGAUCGGCCAGUGGGUGGCACUGUACGGCCUUCAGCUGAAGGAGGACCCCAUUGCUCUGGACUGUUUGGAGGGGCUGAAGAAGGAGGUAGCAGGUGAUUUCCGUCUGUCCAAUGUCCUGAAAGAACAAUUUAGGGAAAGGAGGAAAACAAAAGUUUUGGAGAAUGGGUACCAGUCACUGAACAGGAACCACCACUUUGACUGGUUUUCAAACUGUGAAGAACCAGUAGGACGGUUACAACCAAUCCGAGCGCAGGAUAAAGUGUUGUAUGAGAUCUACCAGCCAGACAACAAACCUCUCACUGUCAUGCUCCCGGUGAACACGUCUGUACAGGAUGUGAUGUCAGCUGUGGUCAAACCUGGAAAUGAUCACGUCCUGGUCAAACUAAACUCCACAGGAGAAAGAGCUCAGCUGAAGCUGGAUGCGACUGCAGUCUACACAGCCCUAGGACUCAAUGAAAGACUGUUCAUUUGUACAAGCAGCCAAGUGGAACAACUGACUCCCCUAAAGGAGCAGCAGGGACCAGAACAAGGAACAACAGAAAUCCUGGAACAGAUGAGCUCCAAAGACAUCGCUAAUGAACUCACCAGUUACGACUGGGAAUUAUUCACUGCCAUGCAUGAGGUGGAGCUUGUCUACUAUGUAUUUGGUCGUCAUAAAUUCCCAGGUGCCAUCACAGCUAACCUGGAACGGUUUGUGCGUCAUUUCAAUGAAGUCCAGUACUGGGUGGUGACAGAGAUCUGCCUCUGUGAAGACCUGGUGAAACGAGCCAUCCUGCUCAAGAAGUUCAUCAAGAUUGCUGCCGUGUUGAAAGAGCAGAAGAAUCUCAAUUCAUUUUUUGCUGUGAUGUUUGGUUUAAGCAACAGUGCUGUACAGAGGCUUUAUAAGACCUGGGAGAGAAUACCCAGUAAGACGAAAAGAGUCUAUUGUGCUUAUGAGAGGCUGAUGGAUCCUUCACGCAACCACAGAGCGUACAGACUGGCUGUGGCCAAACUCGGCCCCCCUUACAUCCCCUUCAUGCCUCUGCUGCUCAAAGACAUGACAUUUAUCCAUGAAGGAAACCCAAACUACGUAGACAAAUUGGUCAAUUUUGAGAAGAUGCGGAUGAUUGCCAAGACAGUGAAAAUCGUAAGAGGGUGCAGAAGUCAGCCUUACGUGCCUUCAUCUCCACAGAGGGGCCUCGCAGAUCGGAUGUUUCUGGAAGGGCCCUCAACUCGACUAUCUACAUACUCAGAGCACGCCCUCCCUCUGCGGACCCCCACCAACAUCCGACACUACAUUCAGAACCUCAAGGUGAUGGACAACCAGCGGAAGUUAACACAGCUAUCGAGAACAAUUGAGUGCUGAGACAUUAUCUGCUCAUGUAGAAAGGCCAUUGAACAGCAGCACGACUGCAUCAGGAUGAACAAAACUCAUUUUCUCAUCUGAGUCAAAUGGACAUCUGGAUGUGUUGGCUGAGUGAACAUGGAUACUCACUCGGUUUCGGAGAGCUCUGUCAGCAUGGAGUAGCUUUCUGCAGCAUGCACAGCAAUGACUCUAAUGUUGAAGAACAGAAUUGAAUUCACAGGACUUGUGGGACACCUAUUAUCCAAAAAGCCUUACUGCACAUUACUUUUGGAGUGUGCACCACUGUGGAAAAUGAUCCACUCACAACAGCUGUGGUUAUUGAAGCUAGUCAGCCGCACAAUGUUACAUCUUGUACAGUCAAGCAAAGUAUGCCUGUCUUUGUUGUCAAGCUGUUUUUAUGUGAGUUUAUGAGUUUAUAUAAUGAUGUUUGAGGAAAAUCCACACUAGUGGUUUUAAACAAAGGGCCCUAAGAACACAUGUGCUUUACCACAGCUAAUCAGUUUAGGUCAGUCAUUUGUGCACUUCUUUUUUUCACAUUAAAACUAAUAUAUUGUAUCAGAUCUUUUUCAGUUACAAAACCACUGACAUGCAUAUAAUUUCAUACAAUAUUUUCUAAAUAAAUUAUUUUCUCAGUUA